AUGGAACAAACGCUCAUCAACCUCGUCAAGGUCAAGACGACCCGGCCAGCGCCGUACCUCGCCGUCACGGCGCGCCGGCCGCACCAAACCGCGCGCCUCAUCCUGCGGUCCCUGACGUCCGCCGACCUUGGCGACUACCAUGAGCUCCGUACGCAGGCCGAGGUCAUGGUCUUCACCUCGCAGGGCCGGCCCGACGCCUCCCUCGCCGAGACGCAGGCCAAGCUCGACCUGUUUAUGUCGCCCGGCGGCGACGGCAUCUACGUGAUGGGCGUCGAGGAGCGCGCGACGGGCACGCUCAUCGGCACCGUCGGCUCGCACCUGCGCGUCGACGCGCUCGGCUGGCCCGCGCUCGGGUACAUGCUCCGCCGCGAGGCCUGGGGCCGCGGCUACGCGACCGAGAUGGUGGCCGGGUUCUUGGAGGUCUACUGGGCGCUGCCGCGGGAGGAGGCGCGCGGAGGCUUGGCCGUGGAUGUGAGCACGGUCAGCGAGGGUGCGGAGGAGGUGAGGGAGCAGAUUGUGGCGCUGACGCUCGAUCUGAAUGUGGCGAGCCAGAAUGUCUUGCGCAAGACGGGCUUCAAACAGGUCAAGAAGUGGAUCGAUACGGAGAAUGCGCCGUUGGUCCCUUUGUGUUUUGCAUUUUCUCUAGAGCGACCGGAAUAG